GGCUACAGUGACCGGGAGAAGGCGCGGCGGUGCGACAGCGGUGCCCACCCAGCUAGAGACGGAGCGCGGCCGCCGGGCUCAUUGCGCGCAGCCCCGGGCCGCUCCCGCAGCCUGGCCCUCGCUCCUCGGAGAGCCUGGCCCGCAGUCUGAUUCGGGACCCCCUAGACGGGGAGAGGCGGGCCACCGGGAGGGGACCGGAGCGCAGCCAGAGGGCGGCCAGGCGCACAGACUGCGAGCCCCGGGGCAGUUACCCGCGCGCGCCGCUUUCCGGGCGCCCCGGCGCCAUGAGGCCCCCAGCCACCACCCGCUGUCCCGGGCGCGUCCUUCGGAACCCCUGGAGGAGCUUCUUGCCUCUCACCCUGGCUCUCUUCGUGGGCAUGGGUCAUGCUCAGAGGGACCCGGUGGGCAGUUACGAGCCGGCUGGAAGGGACGCGAGUCGGCUGCGGCGCCCCGGGGGCAGCCAUCCCGCAGCGGCUACAGCCAAGGUGUACAGUCUGUUCCGGGAGCAGAACGUGCCUGUUCCGGGUUUGCCGCCCGCGGAGCGGACCCAACCUGGCUGGGGGAGCCCCAGCAGGCCCGCCGAGGCGGAGGCCAGGAGGCCGCCCCGCGCGCAGCAGCCGCGGCGAGUCCAGCCACCUGCGCAGACCUGGAGAAGCCGGGCCCUGCGCCAGCAGCAGUCCGCACCCCGGGCCCGGGCCCCCCCGGCUCUCCCGCGCCUCGGGACCACGCAGCGGCCGCGGGCUGCGCGAGGGCGGCUAACGGGGAGGAAUGUCUGCGGGGGACAGUGCUGCCCAGGAUGGACAACAGCAAACAGUACCAAUCACUGUAUCAAACCCGUGUGCCAGCCGCCCUGCCAGAACAGGGGCUCCUGCAGCCGGCCCCAGCUCUGCGUGUGCCGCUCCGGCUUCCGCGGAGCCCGCUGUGAAGAGGUCAUUCCAGAGGAGGAAUUCGACCCCCAGAACUCCAGGCUGGCACCCCGACGCUCAGCCGAGGGAUCUCCCAACCUGCGCAGGAGCAGCGCGGCCAGAGAAAGCACCACAGCCAGAGCGCGGCCACCAGCACCACGGCCGCCGCUGGACAGGACCCUGAGUGGGCUCAGCCAGACACACGCCACCCAGCAGCACGUGGGGCUGUCCCAGACUGUCCGACUUUACCUGGCCACUGCGGCCAAUGGCCAGCUGACCUCCAAUGCCCUGCCCAUGGGGCCAGGCCCUGAACGGAAGGAUGGUGCCCAGCAGGCAGCAUAUCUGCACCACCCAUCAUCCUCCUGGGGGCUGAAUCUCACGGAGAAAAUCAAGAAGAUCAAGAUCGUCUUCACUCCCACCAUCUGCAAGCAGACCUGUGCCCAUGGGCGCUGUGCCAGCAGCUGCGAGCGUGGCGACACCACCACCCUGUACAGCCAGAGCGGCCACGGACAUGACCCCAAGUCUGGUUUCCGAAUCUAUUUCUGCCAGAUCCCCUGCCUGAAUGGAGGCCGCUGCAUUGGUAGGGACGAAUGCUGGUGCCCCACCAACUCCACUGGGAAGUUCUGCCACCUGCCCACUCCCAAUCUGGACAGGGAGCCUCCAGAGAGGGGGGUCCGCCACAGGGCCUCGCCACAGGGCCCCCUGAAGCAGUCCACUUUCACGCUGCCUCUCUCCAACCAGAUGGCCUCUGUGAGCCCCUCCUUGGUGAAGGUGCACAUCCACCACCCGCCUGAGGCCUCCGUGCAGGUCCACCAGGUGGCUCGGGUACGGGGCGAGGUCGAGGCGGCCCCAGAGGAGAACAGCGUGGAGACCAGACCCUCGCCCUGGCUCCCCGCCAGCCCCGGCCAUGGUCCCUGGGACAGCAACAGCAUCCCGGCUCGGUCUGGAGAGGUUCCUCGGCCACCACCCCAAGUGGUGCCCAGGACUCCGGCACUGCUGGGCCGGUGCUACCUGAGUGCUGUGAAUGGACAGUGUGCCAACCCCCUGCUGGAGCUGACUGCCCAAGAGGACUGCUGUGGCAGUGUGGGAGCCUUCUGGGGAGUGACCUCCUGUGCCCCGUGUCCACCCAGACCAGCCUCCCCAGUGAUUGAAAAUGGCCAGCUGGAGUGUCCCCAGGGAUACAAGAGACUGAACCUCACUCACUGCCAAGAUAUCAACGAGUGCCUGACCCUGGGCCUGUGCGAGGACUCGGAUUGCGUGAACACCAGGGGCAGCUACCUGUGCACCUGCAGACCCGGCCUCCUGCUGGAUCCGUCCAGGAGUCGCUGUGUGUCGGACAAAGCCGUCUCCAUGCAGCAGGGGCCGUGCUACCGGUUGCUGGGGCCCGGCACCUGCACCCUGCCUUUGGCCCAGCGGAUCACCAAGCAGAUAUGCUGCUGCAGCCGAGUGGGCAAAGCCUGGGGCAGCAAGUGUGAGAAGUGCCCCGUGCCUGGCACAGAGGCCUUCAGGGAGAUCUGCCCUGCCGGCCACGGCUACACCUACUCAAGCUCAGACAUCCGUCUGUCCAUGAGGAAAGCCGAGGAGGAGGAACUGACCAGGCCCUUGAGGGAGCAGGGAAAGAAGAGCAAUGCGACCCUGCCCAGGCCAGCAGAGAGGCAGCCACUCCGGGAGGCCACCGGCACCUGGCUGGAGGCCGGGACCACCCCUGACAAAGGUGACUCUCAGGCUGGCCAGGUCACAACCAGUGUUACCCAGCUAUCUGCCUGGGUCCCAGGAGAUGCCCUAGGAAGACCAACGCCGCCACUGCCUGGACAGGGGAUCCCGGAGGCCCGGGAAGAAGAGCAAGUGACCGCCCCCACCGAUGUGCUGGUGACCCCGGCCCCGACAGGCAUUGACAGAUGUGCUGCUGGAGCCACCAACAUCUGUGGUCCGGGAACCUGUGUGAACCUCCCUGAUGGAUACAGAUGCAUCUGCAGCCCCGGCUACCGGCUGCACCCCAGCCAGGCCUACUGCACAGAUGACGAUGAGUGUCUGGGGGACCCCUGCAAGGGGAGGGGGCGCUGUGUCAACCACGUGGGCUCCUACUCCUGCUUCUGCUACCCUGGCUACACGCUGGCCACCUCGGGGGCCACACAGGAAUGCCAAGACAUAGACGAGUGUGAGCAGCCUGAGGUGUGCAGCGGGGGGCGGUGCACCAACACGGAGGGUUCCUACCACUGCGAGUGUGACCAGGGCUACGUGAUGGUCAGGAAGGGACAUUGCCAAGAUAUCGACGAAUGCCAUCACCCUGGCACCUGCCCUGACGGGAGAUGCGUCAACUCCCCCGGCUCCUACACUUGCCUGCCCUGCGAGGAGGGCUACAGGGGCCAGAGUGGGAGCUGCGUAGAUGUGAAUGAGUGUCUGACCCCUGGGGUCUGCACCCAUGGAACGUGCAUCAACCUGGAGGGCUCCUUUAGAUGCUCUUGUGAGCCGGGCUACGAGGUCACCUCAGACGAGAAGGGCUGCCAAGAUGUUGACGAGUGUGCCAGCCGGGCCUCGUGCCCCACGGGCCUCUGCCUCAACACGGAGGGCUCCUUCACCUGCUCGGCCUGCGAGAGUGGGUACUGGGUGAAUGAGGACGGCACCGCCUGCGAAGAUGUGGAUGAGUGUGAAGACCCCCAGAGCAGCUGCCUGGGAGGCGAGUGCAAGAACACGGCUGGCUCCUACCAGUGCCUCUGUCCCCCGGGCUUCCAGCUGGCCAACGGCACCGUGUGUGAGGACGUGGACGAGUGCGUGGGAGAGGAGUACUGCGCACCGCGCGGCGAGUGCCUCAACAGCCACGGGUCCUUUUUCUGUCUCUGCGCCCCCGGCUUUGCCAGCGCAGAGGGCGGCGCCAGCUGCCAGGAUGUGGACGAGUGUGCAGUCACUGACCGGUGUCUCGGGGGGCAAUGUGUCAACACUGAGGGCUCCUUCAACUGUCUGUGCAAGACUGGCUUCCAGCCCUCCCCAGAGAGCGGGGAGUGUGUGGACAUAGACGAGUGUGCCAACGACACCAUGUGUGGCAGCCACGGCUUCUGCGACAACACCGACGGCUCCUUCCGCUGCCUCUGUGACCAGGGCUUCGAGACCUCGCCCUCCGGCUGGGACUGCGUUGACGUGAAUGAGUGCGAGCUCAUGCUGGCGGUGUGCGGGGCGGCACUCUGCGAGAACGUGGAGGGCUCCUUCCUGUGCCUCUGCGCCAGCGACCUGGAGGAGUACGAUGCUCAGGAGGGGCGCUGCCGACCGCGGGUGGCUGGAGGUCAGAAGAUCCCUGAGGCCCCGCCAGGGGAACACCCCCCAGGCCCCAUCCGCAUGGGAUGCUACUCUGGGCAAAAGGGCCAGCCGCCCUGCUCCAGCCUUCUGGGCCGGAACACCACGCAGGCCGAGUGCUGCUGCACCCAGGGCACCGGCUGGGGAGAUGCCUGUGAGCUGUGCCCAGCCGAGGACUCAGUCGAAUUCAGCGAGAUCUGCCCUAGUGGGAAAGGCUACAUCCCUGUGGAAGGAGCCUGGAUGUUUGGACAGACCACAUACACAGAUGCCGACGAGUGUGUGAUGUUUGGGCCCGGUCUCUGCCAGAACGGCCGGUGCCUCAACACGGUGCCUGGCUACAUCUGCCUGUGCGAUCCUGGCUACCACUACGAUGCGGCCCGCAGGAAGUGUGAGGAUCACGACGAGUGCCAGGACAUGGCCUGUGAGAAUGGCGGGUGUAUGAACACGGAAGGCUCUUUCCACUGCUUCUGCAGCCCGCCCCUCACCCUGGACCUCAGCCAGCAGCGCUGCGUGAACAGCACCAGCGGUGCGGAGGACCUGCCUGACCAUGACAUCCACACGGACAUCUGCUGGAAGAAAGUCACCAAUUACGUGUGCAGCCAUCCCCUGCACGGGCGCCACACCACCUACACCGAGUGCUGCUGCCAGGACGGCGAGGCCUGGAGCCAGCAGUGUGCUCUGUGCCCCCCCAGGAGCUCUGAGGUCUACGCUCAGCUGUGCAACGUGGCCCGCAUUGAAGCGGAGCGGGAGGCCGGGGUCCACUUCCGGCCCGGCUAUGAGUAUGGCCCUGGGCCCGAGGACCUGCACUACAGCCUCUAUGGCCCAGACGGGGUCCCCUUCUACAACUACCUGGGCCCCGAGGACACCAUCCCUGAGCCGCUCUUCCCCAACAUGGCCAGCCGCCCAGGGGACCGCACGCCGGUCCUUGAGCCUCCACUGCAGCCCUCAGAACUCCAGCCCCACUACGUGGCCAGCCAUCCAGAGCACCAGGCCGGCUUUGAAGGGCUUCAGGCAGAGGAGUGCGGCAUCCUGAACGGCUGUGAGAACGGCCGCUGCGUGCGCGUGCAGGAGGGCUACACCUGUGACUGCUUUGAGGGCUUCCAGCUGGACACAGCCGACAUGGCCUGUGUGGAUGUGAAUGAAUGUGAUGACUUGAACGGGCCUGCAGCACUCUGUGUCCACGGUCACUGCGAGAACACGGAGGGCUCCUACCGCUGCCGCUGCCCCCCAGGUCAUGUUGCCGAGGCAGGCCCCCCACGCUGCACCGCCAAGGAGUAGCAGUGAGCGGUCAGUGCAGGCAGUUACCUGGAAAUGGGCCCUGGCCACAGGCGGGGCCUUCAGGAAGCUUUCCUAGUUGGGGAGACGACAUGAAGACACCGGGCAGGAGGCCCUGCAGCCAGCCUCACCUGCUUUUCAUCUCCCCCAGCUUCGGCUCUGGCUGUGAGCUUCUGUCACCACCUCCACACCGCCAUGCUCUUGCUUGGCUCAAACACCACCAAAUGCUUUAAUGCUUCAACCACUGGCCGUGAGGCCCAGUCUGCCAUCUGUCCUGGCCUUGCUAUGGGAUGCUUCCCAAAGGAUGGCCCUGAACCAGCCCCUCAAGCCGUGCAAACAUGCAAGGUCCUUCGGCCUCACGCUGCACACACCCUUUUCCAGCCAUGAUCCACGUAUCAUCCUGAUGAUUCCACACCUGGAUCAGAGGCUAUAUCUGCCCUGGGAUGGUCCUUCAGAAUCUAUCAAGCAAAAAAGGAUUGGGGGGAGUUUGGGGAGUGACUCCAAUGCCUCCUCCCAAGAACCAUCACCACCACUCAGCAAAUCUGGUCUGGGCCAGUUGUGCCUCAUCUCCACCUUGUUGCCAGUUCUGUGGCCCCAGGGAGGGGCAGAAGAUCCCCUCAUCUCAGAGAAGCAAGACUGAUACUAUAUUGCUAGUAAGAGACACAGAUGAAGGGAAGCAAGGAGCCUAAGCAGCCAAAAGGCAACGCAAAAAAAUAUGGGGAGUUGAUAAAAAAAAAAGGGGGAGCCAGGGCUUUAUACAAGUCUAAAGAAAAUAUUCAGUAGCUUCAGGUAGAUAAACAUUCAGAAUCUACCCAGCAAUAGCUCCUGUACACCACAGCAAGGGCUGCCACAAAGCAGGGUGCCCACCUCCGAAGACCUCUGUUACAUACAUACUGCUUCUCACAGGAAACAAAUCUCUCCUGGGCUCUCCUUUUGUGGACACCAGUUUGAUGUGCUAAAAAUAAAGAGGUCUAUUUUCUAGCUUAUGAAAUACAGUGUAAUCUUGUUUAGGGGAAGCGAGAUUUCCUAUGUUGUUUCUUCUCUCUACUCAGAGGCCUCUGUCCUCUUCCCCUUCAUAAAACGGCUGGCUGGCAUCCCACUGAGUUUACAAGUAGAGACUCACUCCAACCUUGGCUAGCUGGGAGUUUAAAACCACGGUGGAAUAAAAAAAAUGUACAUCUGGGCUCUUCUGUUUUUGUUUUUAUUUCAUAUUAAACCAAAUUUAUAAACCAAAUUUCUUGGCCGAGUCUAAAUAUUAGAGAUGAGGCUGUGCUAGCCCCUCGCCAGCUCUGCCGAUAGCCUAUGAGUGGGUUCCAGUAUCCAAUAGGAAAAGGUUCUUUCCUCUUCUAAGACAAAGAAAGCUCUGACUUUGCAUUUCUCUGAUGAAUGGCAAUGUAAAUGAACAAGGCUGUGUGCCUGAAGACAUGGAGAUGAAUGCUCUUUUCUUAAUUUAAUCUGUCCUGUCCUACCUGCUGCUCUGUCAGCCAUCACAAAAUAACUUAUUGAAUGCUUGCUAUGUGCCAGGCCGGUGUUGAAUGCUGUACACAAAUUUCAUUUAAUCAUCCAACAAUCCUACUUACUAUUUUUAUUCCCAAUUUACAGAUGAGGAACUUGGACUUACAAAGCUUAAAUAAUUUGUUCUAGGUCACUAUACUAGUUGAGAUGUUCUCAGCAGACAAAAAUAUAUAGCUCUUAAACAUAUGAAAAUAUUCUGACCUUCAUUCAUAAUAAAAAGAAACACAAGUUAAAACUACACUGAGACACUUUUUUAAACUGUCAGAUUGGCAAAGAUUUAAGUUCGUUAAAACUCCUAAUUGGCAAGCACCUGGGGAAAGAGGUACUCACGUACAUAGCUGACCGGAGUAUAUAUUGACACAACUUCUGAAGAGGAUAAUAUGGCAGUGUCUUUCAAAAUUAUAAAAGCACUUACUCUUUAAAUCAGUAAUUCCACUUCUUGGAAUUUAACCUUCAGAUAUAUUCUUACCAAAUGGAAAAUGACAUAUGUAAGAGGUUAUUUAUUACAGCAUUAUUUGUAAUAGCAAAAGGUUAGAAGCAAUUAAUUGCUAUGGAGCCCUAAUAAGAAAAAAAAAAAGUGGCUCUAAAUGCCUGGGUAAGAUUUCCAAAAUAGAUUAAGGGGAAAAGGUUAUACAACAAAGUGAAGGCUACGCAGCUAUUGCUAUUUGUCUAAAACAGAGGGGGAAAAGAAUUGGAUAUCUGCUGACCUCAUCCUUGCUACUCCACCUCACACGCCAUAUUUCAGAGAACUCACCAUUCCUCAAUAUGCCCUUCAAGUGCUGCACUUUCUUAAAUGCUGUUCCCACCGCUCCUCCUCCCACCCCUCACCUUCCUGCUCGCCCUUCCCAAGACAUUUCACGCAUAUACACAUACUUCCUUGUAUUAGAAACACAAAUGGCAUACCGUGCAUGGUGUUCUGCACUUUUUUUACUUAAUACAUACUUGCACAUAAAGGGCUGUCUCAUUCUAUUUUAUAACUGUAUACUUCUCCAUUGAACGGAUAAAUCAUAAUUUAUUUAAUCAAUCCCCUAUUAAUGGAUAUUUCCAUUGUUUCCUAUCUUUUGCUAUUAAAAAUAACGCUGUAAUGAACAUUCUUGUGCAUAUGUUAUUUCACAUUAUAUCUACGGAAUUGUACCUGUGGGCUCAAUUCUUAGAAACAAGGGUAGUUGAUGGGGAGGUCAACAGAGUGCAUGGGCACAGGAUUGGGAGACUUUUCACUGUAUUCCCUUUUGUGUCUUUUUGAAUUUUGUACCAUAUGUCUUACCUAUUCAAAAAUAAAAUAUUUUUAAAUACA